AUGGAAGGUUCCAGCCUGGCAGGGUCGGCCUCUCCCCGGGGAGUAGCCUCAACCUGCCUGCCGCUGCCCGCUGGGUCUGGACCCUCGGGCGGGGGCCUGGGACCCUCUCCCUGCGCACGAUGCGAGCCGAGGCCGGCCCGGGCCUGCGCGCUCCGGGGAGCUCUGAGCGCGAUGCUCUUGCUCUGCUCCAGCCUCCCCCGAGGAAGUUCUGGUCAGGCGCUAGGUCCCGGGCUUCCUGUCUGUACUCUCCGCAGCCCCGCGGGGAAAUCCCGAGAGAUUUAUCCGCUGCCCAACGAGCCUGUCGGCUUUUCAAGCGCCACCAGGGAGGCCAUCACGCCACCUCAGGAGGAGUGCGACGUGAGGCCCCUGCGACGCGAGAGGGGAGCGGCCCAAAGGUACCGCGCGUGGACUGGGGAGCCGUUCGCCGCCGAGGAGAUACACCGCCCCCUGGUGGGCAGUUUGGGGAUUUAG